GGGGUUUCUUUAUCGUGUCAUUCACAUUCAAAUAUAAUAAACCAACAGAUACACGGACAUUACUCGCUUCGACUUUACACCCGGGAGAUACGAUGUUUACAAUCACUCCAGCUUUUCUCUAUUUUCAGCGCGUACAACUAAAUCACGAAGUUGAACGAGUCCGCGCCUCCCGAACUUCGCAAACCCUUGCGGUUUUCCUGCACAGACUGAUAGCUCAGCUGUGAGUACUGCAAAAGGGAGAAGACGAGUGCAUACACCUUUAGCUUUUGAAAUUAUUAUAUUAUUUUGUUGCAGAGUCAUGUAUUUGUUCCUGUAAUGUCAGCAGACCAGGAUAAAGACACCCUGUCUCUUAAAAGAAACAGAGGUGGAGAUGGUGGGUUGGAUGGCUUAGGAGGGCCAGGCAUACUGGGAAGCCCUGAUAAGAAAAAGCGCAAGUCAAGUACACAGGUCUCUUCUUUUCCUCCUCUUUCUGAGUAUGCUCCACCACCAAACCCCGGCUCUGAUCACCUUGUAGCUGCCAACCCUUUUGAUGACAGCUAUAACCCUGUAUCCUAUAAACCUCUGCCUUCUGGAAAUCAUUAUUUUGGCAAUCCUAACUAUUCCGGUUUUGGUGGGUACAACUCUCACAGAAUGCCACCGCACAUGCAACCCAGAAUGCCUUCUCCUUAUGGAGGUCUUUACCCCAUGCAAAACCGACCCCAUCCAUUUCCACAGAUUCAAAUGGGCAGGGGUUUUAAUCGCACUCACGGCUUUAACUUUGGUCCCCAUGAUAAUCCAAAUUUCAGAAACCAAUCAAUGUUUACUUAUCAUAUGAACUCAAAUGUGAGCUUACCACCUCAUCCACCGUUUAGACCAGGCCAAGGAGAAAACUUCAUCCAAAUAAUGCCACUACAGAAUAUGAACCAAAACACAAACUCAGACACGGGCCCCAACUUUGGGCCAGAGAGCAACACAAAUUUGAAUCUGCCAAUGGGCCCUAACAUGGAUGGUAACCAUGGUUUUAUGCAGCCACAGAGUAAUAACCACCACCAGGUAAAUGCUGCCGCGCCAAAACAAGACAACAGUCAAGGCCCAUAUCAAAACUCUGCUUCUCGUCGGCCUUCCCAGAGUCCAGAAGAAAGUGUAAACCAGGACCUUUCAAACCCGAAAGUUAUCAAUAAACGCGGUUCCCCCAAUCAAGAAAGCAGUCAUUCCAACACUCCUGAAAACAUUAAUGGCAACCAUGGUAACAGUGGCGUUCAGAACAAGUCUCACACAGCCAUUGAAGGUGUUGCAGCUGAGAGGAGCAGUAGUAAAACAGCCGCACACCCGAUUCAGCCAAGCCAGUCUUCUGCAAAUCCUGUUUAUCCUUGCGGAAUUUGCAUGAAUGAAGUCAAUGAUGACCAGGAGGCCAUUUUGUGCGAGGCUUCUUGUCAGAAAUGGUUUCACAGGGUUUGCACUGGCAUGACAGAGACGGCCUACAACCUUCUAACGGCAGAAGCAGCAGCGGUGUGGGGCUGCGAUACCUGCAUGGAGAACAAGGAGGUCCAGCUCACAAAACCAAGUCAAACAAGCUGGAAACAAUGAUGGAUAACAAUAAUGGCUUUAAAAAGAAAAAAAAAUCUUUGUAUUUUUUUUACUUUGUUUACUUCAGAAGCUAAUGAAUGUCUUCAGAUAAUAUCUCAUCAGUGUGCUUGUUUAUUAGAUUAGAUUGUUUAAUUUUAUAAGACCUCAAAAGUCUCAUAUGAUUAACAAUGAUAUAAUCCUCCACCCAUCCACACCUUAAAGUAGUUAUUUAUUGUGUCCUCCUAAUCAUGGAGUGGAAUGACCCUCCAACAAUGUGACUGGACAUGGGACAGAAUGUUGCAAAAGUGUACAGUCUGUUAUUUUUCCUAUUGGAGUGUAUUCUCCUUUUUUAUUUAAAGCAAAAAAUAAUUGAUUUUAAUUGCAGUGAUAUGGCAGAAUGGAAAUGGAGUGUACAUGGCAUUGUGUGUCAUAAAGUAACAAUGUCUUCUUUCAUACUGUUUUCCAGCACAUGACAAAUUAUUCCAGAGAGAAUGAUAGCUUUGGCAAUGGCUUUUGAUUGUAAAUGCAGGAAGAAGUAAUAAGAAUAAGGCAGUUUCGUUUGGAUGGUGUUCUUUUGACCAUCUGUGUUUGUUAAUAGUACUGGGUAAAAAGAGUACAGCUCUCUUGGCACCAUGCUAUUCUAGAUUGUAAAGCUUGUGAUGUUCCAAAAUCUUUUAAUUUCUUUUAUUAUUUGGUAAUGAGAUAUGUUUACUUAAUUAUGGCUCAAAGCCAUGCUUUUUACAAUCAUUUUAUCUAAUUGUAAUACAUUUUACAUUUGUGAACCAAAUCAUAGAUAUACUUUUAACUAUAUAUUGUAACUUUUAUGUACAUUUAUGCAUAUUUCUACAUAUUUACUACCUCAAAGCGCCCAACACAAUUCAGAUGUAAUUUGCAAGGUGUCCUCUGUGACUAAAGUCAAUUAUAUCUGCCUAAUGUUAUAGUAGUAUAUGAAACUAGCUGAGAACUGAAUGCAUAAAAUGUCCUUGUCAAUGACCUGGUGCUGUGGAACACCUUAAACAAAUGUGUUUAUGAUGAUAAAUUAAAGUUGCCAUAUGUAAUUUAUAAAUAAAUAUUUCAACUAUACAAACUGUAAAGGGAUUUAUUAACUGCCAACAUACUACCAAUAUAUUUGAAAUGGUUUAGGGUAAAGAUUUUUAGUUUGGCUUCCAUUUCUUGGCAAUCAAUGUAAUUGCACCAGUAUUGUAUUGUAUUGUAUUGUAUUGCUGCAGCACUGCAGAAUGCUUCAUGUUUAUUAAUGUAUUUAGUUUUAACUAAUUUAAUGCAACCAGGUUCUUAUUAAAACAAACAAACAAACAAACAAACAAACAAACAAACAAAAUACUUGUUGGUGGGUAGUGUAUAUAAAUUAGUUCCAUAUUGGUGACAUUUGUAUCUUUUAAUAAAAAUAAAUAAAUAAAUAAUAAAAUGCUACCUCAUGUAUGAGUGGAAAGCAGACCUGUGGUUGUAUAAUGGUAACUGUUAUAAGAUACUUACCUGGGGUACAGAUUCCAAGUGGAAUUGCAUUUUUAAGUGGUUAUUAAAUAGCAUUAUAUAAAUCAACAGAUAAUAGGGCAGGUAUAUGACAAGUAUCAUGAUAAUAAAAAUUAUACAGAAUUAAGAUACUCAAUUCUUCUAGUAAAUGUGAUUAGUUUAAUCAAAUAUGAAUGGUGUAACUAGAUCCUUCAAUGUGUUAGGGUUUGUAGCUGUAGCUAUAUAUGGGGUUAGGAAUUGACAGAAGUAUCCUGUUGGGAAAAUCCCUUGUUAAUGACUUAAUUUGCAACUACAUGCCUGCCAGUAUCGCAUACCUUGGCCUGUUUCAUUGAGAAAUUGUGUUUUGUAAGUAAAGAGCUACAUUUAAGAGUGGCACUGCUAUGUGUUAUGCUGUGCCAAGGAUAUCAUGUUUAAUGUCCAUUGAUCAUAUUAGCAGAACUUACAUUAUCAAGUAUUUCUGAUUGAUGGUUUGGGUUUUUUUUUUGGAUCAGUAGUGGGAUGAGUUAACAAUAAAGCUAAUGCUAAUAAUGACUAAAGUUGUUUAAAGACUAUUUUGUUUCUGUGUAUUUUAAAU